ACAGAGAAAGCGCAGGCUGGAAAUCAGGAUUUUUAACUUCAAGCAAUUUCCCAAUCGUAUCAGCAUAUUUCAUCCACCCUAAGAACCCAGAACCCUUAGUAGUCACUCCUCCCCAGAGAAAAAUAGAUAAAAACAAAACGAAACCCGAGAUAAAAUUCCCUGGAAGAGCGGGGGCGGCGGCGGUUCGAGCGGCCGAGGGCGAUGGCAGAGGCCGUGUGAGGCGACGACAUGAAUGAAUUAACCAGAAAAGUGGACGCUUCAUUUUCGCCUAAGUCGUCCCCUCGCGGUUCCAGGUCCCCCAUGGCCACCCCAAACCUCUCGAGAAAUGACUCCACGGGGACCUUGAAAAUGACGAUAUCAGCUGGAAAGCACCCCGCGGUGGUCCACUCGGGGCCCUUCUAUCUGAUGAAGGACCCAGCUACAGAGAAUGAGCUCACAGGUGCUACCAACCUGAUGCAGCACUUUAACUUGGAACAUUCGUACAACAAAUUCACAGGCAAGAAGGUGAGAGAUUCCUUAUCAUCCUUCCUGCCAACACUCCCAGGAAUCAUAGACACUCCUGCUCACCUCACCAAUUCCUCACUCCAGUCACUCAUUGAGAAGCCACCAGUUUUCAAGGAAUUCACUUUGCUCAAUCACCACCAGCUUGCUGCAUUCCGCCUACAUGCAGGCCCACUUCCAGAACAGUAUCGCUUCAUGAAUCAGCCUCCAGGCCAACGGAAACAUAAAAAACACAAGAAGCACAAAUUCAAGGCAGGGGAAACGCCAACACAAGAUGGCUCUGCUGAUGGGUCGGAUAUGCAUGCACAGUCCAGAACAUCCAGGAAUUUCGGGUGGUGACAUGAAUAGGAUAAUUCAAUGAUAAGACAGUGUAGUGCGAGCCUUAACAUUGCAGAGAUGGAAACAUCUACUGAAUCAUGGUUUACCUUUGUGCAUCAAGUUACAGUGUUUGUAAAACUUGCAGGUGAAGCUUAAAAAGAAGCAUUUUUCCAGUUAAGUAUAGUCUUUCUCAGUAUGUUAGACCCCAAGUCUAUAUAAGUUACAUGAGUCAGAUUAUUAUAGUUGACUUUUUAUACCCUUUCAAGUAUUGUACUAAGCAUUUUAAAUGUCUGUGGCUGAAUAGAUAAUGCAAGGUACUUACUUGUGUAAUGAAAAUGUUCCGUUUUUGGUUAAUCAAUAAAAUCUCAACUCAGUGAUGUUUGUCUUCAGCAGAAGAAUGUAAUCAUUCUUGAGUCAUUUACUGAUCAUUUUAAUAAAUACAGCUGGAUUAUUUGUGAUUAUAUGAAGUAAUGAACUGGCCUGGGAUUUCUGUAAUUACAGUAAUUGGGCAAAUAACUGUAAGAAUGCAAAGAUUAUCCAAUACCACUUAAUGAGCGGAGAAAUGUCCUUUUUAUGUCCAAAAUCUUAUUUAUAUUGAACCACUUCUCUAAGUAUCUUUGCAAAUCAAAUAAGGGAAUUGUGUUGUAAGAGAUUAAGUUAUGUUACUUUUAUGAUGAAAAACAAUGAAAUGGAAAAAAGAAAA